AUGGCAUGCGCCGGGGGCUGGGAGGUCAGAGGAGGCCUUCUAGAUGGACCGAUGGAGGACUGGAUGAGUCGUGUAUGGCAUCUAAUAGAGAAGAAUUCUCUAGUAUCAGUGCGAUGGCGUGCCAGAGAAUACCAUCUCAUUGAUGUUGAGUCAUUGCUGCCAAACAACUCCGCUGGCAUCAACCCACUUGGCAGCUCUCUUUCAGCAACAGUUCCAAUAGAAGAAGGCAUUUUUUUUGGUACCCACAAAUUUAUCGUCACCAUAUACCUAGGCACCCCUCCCUUGCCAUACUCACUUGUUUUUGACACCGGCAGCGAUGUCACUUGGAUCCAAUGUAUACCCUGCGAUAAGUGUUAUCCCCAAAAUGACCCAAUAUAUAACCCUUUCGAGUCCUCUACCUAUGCAUCCAUCCGCUGCUACAACGACUAUUGUAGCCAACUAAAUACAUAUGAUUGCUCCAGGACCGACAAUUGUCUCUACGAGGUACAAUACCGCGAUGGUUCUUACACUAAAGGCUACCUCGUUAAAGACACCUUACAAUUCUCCUAUGAUAUUAUAAAGAAUUUCCGUUAUGGCUGCGGACAAAACAAUAGCCUCAGCGUACCGAAGGUAGAUGGGAUAUUAGGCUUCGGCCGGGGGCCAGUUUCAAUUAUUUCCCAGACAGCUCAAUCAUAUGACUUGAUAUUCUCAUAUUGUCUACCAUCAAAGUCAGGCAUAAUUGGAUAUCUUACACUAGGGAGUGAUGAUGCCAUUCAUGUGCAAUAUACACCGAUGAUAACCAGCGAAAUGAUGCCAUCCUUCUACUUCGUCAAGCUAAUUUCUAUUUCUGUUGGGGGUGAUUGGUCGAAAAACUCCCCUAGAACCAUGUUGGCCCCUGGCAGAAAAGCCAUGUUGGACUCUAGCAGAAUGAUUAGCCGACUGCCGCCCAUUACCUACCAUGGCAUCCGCAGCACUUUCCGUAAAUACAUGGCCAAUUACCCGAGGGCGCCGUCAUGGGGCAUACUUGACACAUGCUAUAACUUUACUAACUACCCAAGCAUGAACGUGAAGGUGCCGCAGAUUACGUUUGAAUUUGAUGGCGGGGUUAUUAUUAAAUUAGAUAUCUCAGGGAUACUUCUCGGGACCACUAAAUCUAAACAAUGCUUAGCCUUCGCUGCCAAUAAAUAUGCUAGUGAUAAGGUAAUUAUUGGUAAUGUGCAGUUACGCACAUUCAAUAUAGUGCAUGAUAUAAAAAACUUGAGAAUUGGCUUUGGGGCUGGUGGUUGUAAUUAG